AUGCAAUUUUUUCAAUCUGUUCUAUUUGGAGUUCUCGCUGUUGAAGUCGCCGCUGUGCCAUUCCCAUCAAAUCAUGUCCUCCAUGAGCGCCGAAUAGAUGCUCCAAAGGCAUGGAUCAAGCGAGAUAGGGUUGCUGAAUCGGCUCUGCUUCCUGUUCGCAUUGGCAUGACCCAGAGCAAUCUUGACAAGGGUCACAAUCUUCUGAUGGAUGUUUCCAAGCACGAUUCUUCCAAAUAUGGCAAACACUACUCACCUCAGGAGGUUGCUGAAAUUUUUGCGCCCUUGCAAUCAAGUGUAGAUGCUGUGCAUGACUGGCUCUCAUCUGCUGGCAUUGCAUCCGAGAAAAUCUCUCGAUCUACCAAUAAGCAAUGGAUGCAGUUUGAUGCUUCCGCUUUUGAUUUGGAAAACUUAUUGAACACGAAAUAUCAUAUCUACGAACACACCAAGACGGGAAAGCUUACUGUGGCAUGUGACGAAUACCAUGUCCCCGCUCAUAUACAAAAGCACGUGGACUAUAUUACUCCUGGCAUCAAGCUUGUUGCUCCUUUCAGAAAGAGCAAUGAAGACCCAGAGCUGCAAAAACGCAUAUUUGGGGUCACAAGCGGUCACAAGCUUCCUCCUCUGCUCAAGGGUCUCGGAAUGACCGUAGAGGCAAUUCUUGCUGUCCCUGAACUUCUAGUCUGCGGCACUGUUGUCACUCCAGCAUGCAUCAAAGCGCUAUACCAAGUUCCCACAGGAUCAAAGGCAGACCCCUCAAACGCCCUUGGUAUUUUUGAAGACCUUGGGGAUGUUUACAGCCAAGAAGACCUUGAUCUAUUCUUCUUGACAUUCGCGCAGUCAAUCCCCCAAGGCACCGGGCCAAAACUCGAGGCUAUUGAUGGUGCUACAGCACCGGAUCCUGUCCUCGAGGCUGGAGUUGAGUCCGAUCUCGAUUUCCAGGUCUCUUACCCUCUUAUCUAUCCGCAAGGAGCCGUUCUCUUCCAAACCGACGACCCUGUAUACGAAGCAGAUUACGUGUACGAGGGAUUCCUGAACAACUUCUUAGAUGCUCUAGAUGGCUCUUACUGUAGUACUGUUGAUUCGCUAGACCCACCAUACCCAGAUCCCUCGAACGCCACGGGUGCCUACAAGGGAGCUUUGCAAUGCGGUGUUUACACGCCGACAAACGUUAUCUCCAUCUCCUACGGUGGCCAAGAAGCAGACUUGCCUAUCGCUUACCAACGUCGCCAAUGCACGGAGUUCAUGAAGUUGGGAAUGCAGGGUGUUUCUGUCGUUUUGGCUUCCGGCGACUCGGGUGUGGCGGGACCCGCAGGAGAUGAUAAUUCGGAUGGUUGUCUUGGUACUGGACAAAUCUUCAGUCCUGACUUUCCUGCCACAUGCCCCUAUAUCACCACUGUGGGAUCAACCACCCUCCCAGCAGGAGGUAAUGUCACCGAUGAUGCUGAAACUUCAACGACUCGUUUCCCUAGUGGAGGUGGAUUUUCAAACAUUUACGCAACCCCCGAAUACCAGCAAAGUGCCGUCGACGAUUAUCUUACAAACAGUCCUCCACCCUAUGUAUCAUACUCAACUACGGACAAUGGUGCUAUUGGCGCCGAUGGAGGCAUUUACAACAAAGGUGGAAGAGGGUACCCAGAUGUCUCUGCCGUUGGUGAUAACAUUGUUAUUUUUAAUGCGGGAGCUCCCACUCUUGUUGGUGGUACUUCAGCUUCCGCUCCCAUCUUCGCUUCUAUUCUCACCCUGAUCAACGAGGAGCGUCUCGCGGCUGGCAAGUCGACUAUUGGUUUUGUGAACCCAACUUUGUACGCGCACCCAGAAGCCUUCCACGACAUAACUGAUGGCAGCAACCCCGGUUGCAACACGACUGGCUUUGCGGCUGCUAAGGGCUGGGACCCUGUGAGUGGGCUCGGAACGCCUAUCUACCCCUCAUUGUUGAAGGUAUUCAUGAGUCUGUAA